CUCUUGAGCAAGUUAAGACCCCUUUAUAUUCGUUGGUUAGUUCCUCUGGGGAGCGCAGCACUGAAAGAAUCAGAGAAGAACAGAAAGGAAAAAUCAGAGCUUGAAAAAAUGAGUAGCAUCGGAACAGGUUACGAUCUAUCGGUCACCACUUUCUCUCCUGAUGGCCGCGUUUUUCAGAUCGAGUACGCUGCCAAAGCCGUCGACAACAGCGGAACUGUUAUUGGGAUCAAAUGCAAAGACGGAGUUGUGUUGGGUGUAGAGAAGCUUAUUCCGUCGAAAAUGAUGCUUCCGGGUUCAAACAGAAGAAUACACUCGGUUCAUCGUCAUUCUGGGAUGGCUGUAGCAGGAUUAGCAGCUGAUGGCAGGCAAAUUGUUGCCCGGGCCAAGUCUGAAGCAACUAACUAUGACAGCGUUUAUGGUGAACCAAUUCCUGUUAAGGAACUUGCUGACCGUGUGGCUAGUUAUGUGCACCUUUGUACACUAUAUUGGUGGCUCAGACCUUUUGGAUGUGGUGUCAUACUAGGAGGUUAUGACAGGGAUGGGCCCCAGUUGUAUAUGGUUGAACCUUCCGGUGUUUCCUAUAGAUAUUUUGGUGCUGCAAUUGGGAAGGGCAGGCAGGCUGCUAAAACAGAGAUUGAGAAGCUGAAGCUUGCUGAUAUGACUUGUCGACAAGGGGUUAUUGAAGUGGCUAAGAUAAUAUAUGGAGUUCAUGAUGAGGCAAAGGACAAAGAUUUUGAACUAGAAAUGAGCUGGGUAUGUGAUGAUUCAAAUCGACAACACGUAAAGGUCCCAGACGAUCUUCUAGAAGAGGCUAAAACAGCCGCCAAAGCAGCUCUUGAAGAAAUGGAUGCAGAUUAAUAGACUAGACGUGUUUAUUCCAAAGUUGUAUUACGUAACUUUGUAAUUGAGCAUUUGGAACAUCUAUAGGAAAUGCAAAGGCUUCACUAGUUGGAUUUUGUAUGGUUCCUUAUGAUUUAAUGCCCUUGAUUUCGUGUUUCAGGAUAAUUUGAGGUUUGAAGUUCAAAGUGUUGAAUUUUAUCAA